CGCGAGAGAGCCAGUCUACAGUUGGACGCCAGAGACACACACUGAGAAUACCACAUAGCGACACGCUACCAGUUCAGAGCUGAAGACUACUUUCGCCAAGACUGAUCGCACAAGUUGUGUUUUUUGAAGUGUUUUAGAGUCCAGACAUUUAGUAAUGGCCCAUCUCAAAGUGCUAUCACAUUCUACCUCACCACUGAGUGAUCUUCUGGGGCCCAUACCGACAGAAGAAGACGUGACGGAAACAUGGCUGGAAGACCCUACCGAAGCCCUCACCUGCUCGGUCUUGAGAAGAAGGGUCGAGGAGGAGGUUCGGAUGAACACUCACAACAGCGUUAUUCUGCCUCCCCAUCUCCUCGACCAAGUGACUGAACACGUCCAGUAUUUCGCCAAGGAUGAGCCUUGCGGGCUUAGAGGUUGCGUUCUAUUAGUUGUAUGGGACGACGGAGAAAACGGCGCCCAGCAAUUGGCACAGGUCAAAGCUGACACCGCCACACCAACCACUCACAUCCUAGUGCUGACCCUACGACCUGACACCACUGCCUGGUACACCAAAAUGGCCCGAAUGCUUAGGUCAUUAGACAAGAGAGAGAGGCGGCAGAUGGUCGUAUCCCCACAGUACGACUUGACCAAAAAACGCCUCUACAACUUCGAGGAUUAGAGUCCAAAGUCGUACGCGCUCUCCCAUUUAGUUUAGAUCACCGUCAAGCCAACGAGUACAAAAAACAAAACUAAACUUUGUGAGCAGUUGCCGAAAGGGAUUGGUUGCAAAAGCCUCCCUCCUCCUCCCCCUCCCCCCAUGCUUCUGAUCACUUAUAGCAGAGCGAGGAAGAAAGACGCCGUGAGACGCAGAGCCCAAGAGCAGCAACAGCAGAGAUUGCAGAAGAGCUGAAUCCGUUGCAGAUCACAGCGCAUUAGUUGCAUUUUGGGGACACUUCUGCCUGCUCAACCGGACAACCAACCACAAAUGCAAGAUCUUAAAAUUCAGAAGUCGUCAGUCGGACGCUACAAAAGGGGAUAUAUAUCCCCAUGGUCACAUCCUGUUGGAGAACUUCGGCAGCUGUUCAUAUCAUCACCAUCAUCAUAAUGACAUCUUCAUCCUCAUUAUCAUCACUUUAGUUAGAUCAUUCUGGACAUCCAUUAUCAUUGCUUGGUUAAGUCGUUCUUAAUGAGUUAUUGAGAAGGAUAUGGCAGGGCUGCUGAUCAUAUUAUUGCAGUAUAUAUCAUCUCAUUUUCAUCAGAGAAAGUUUAUUGAGCUCAUCAGCACAUUCUCCAUUUCACAGUCAUUCUAGGAACUCGGAUACUCAAUCUUAGAUUGUAAGAAAUGCCUGGAGAAAAACGAAUAUAUAUGUUAUGUUAUGUUAUGAGAGGUUUUAUCGAUUCAUGGUCCUAUGUUAUGAGAAGAACUCAUGUUUCAUUAUGAGGGGAUCUCAUGUUUUAUCAUUCACGGUCUUCCCUCGAUCUCAUACACAUGCAUCUCUUUUUUUUUUUUUUUUUUUUUUUUUAGUCACGUAUCACUUUUAGUUGACGUAUCAUCUUAGCUCAUAUUCAUGUACCAUUUUCAAUUCAUGUACCAUUUUCGAUUCAUGUCUGUUACAUAAGAUUUAUCGAAAUUCAUCUUGUAAUUCUCAUUAUUUAAAAACUUUUUUAUCUUAAUCUUUUCUUGUAAUCAUUAUCCGUAACAGCUUUAAUUUUUAAUCAUAUCGGUUGACAAUGUAAUCGUAAGACUCAUAACAUCACUCGUUAGUUUCUUGAUGAGUUGUAUUAUUUACUUAUAACAAACGUACGACGAUUUGACUUGUCAGAUAAUACGAAGGUAACACUAAACUAUAACGUGCAUGGAAGUUUAGUAUUAUAAUAAUAAUAACCGUUAGAGGAUCAUCCUUAAAUGUGUAAGCUUUGUAGUAGUGGGACGACUACGUUGCCAAAUGAGUUUGUAACUCUUAGUAUUUUUAUUGUCAGAAGUCAUCAAAUGAUGUAAAUGUGAAAAUAACGUUAAAAAAUACAGUCACUUUUGUGCAAUGUUGUACGACAGCGAAAGCUGUUUUCAGGAUACAAACUUUUAUUACUCGUUCUGUAUUACUGUUAGCUCCAGAAUUUUGUAACAUGAAAGCUAGAAUUCAGAAUUGAAUGUACUGUUUAACAGGGAUACUAUGUAACAUAUAUAAAAUGUGAAUCACUUCCCAAUUCACGAAGGUGUUGUCAUGUAACCUGGAGCUAAUUGAUAUUUAUUAACCUAGUCAGAUGAUAAGCUUCAUUGUGAUAAUACUUCUGUUACUUUGUGAUAUUUUUUAUACUAUAAUAAAUGGUACAAAUGAUGAAAAAUA